AGGACGGCCGGUUUUUUACUUAACAGUGAAAAGUGCGAGUGUUUUGUGAAACUAGUUCCUCAUGGAUUGUAUUGUUUUCAGUUCGUCGUCUUCGCUUUGGUCGCAGUGGCGGGCGUCGCGGCGCAGCAAAGGGUUCCACGACAAAACAUUGUUCGAUCUGUGAUCAACCUUUUGCGGUCUACUUCGGAUAACGACGGACUCGGAAAUUAUAACUUUGCAUAUGAACAAGACAACGGACAGAAACAGGAAGAGCAGGGUACACUGAAGAACGCUGGAACAGACAACGAGGCGCUUUCCGUAAAGGGCUCAUACGCGUGGGUGGGUCCCGAUGGCGUGACCUACAACGUGAACUACGUCGCUGAUGAGAACGGUUACCAGCCCACCAUCGAGCAGGGUCCCGGAGGUGGCGUGCCCCCUGGUGUUGUCGCUUCGCUGCUGGGUUAGACGUUAUACAAAAAAAAAACAA